GAGAAAAAAGAGAUUCAGUAUUAUUUAUAAAAAAAACUAACGUUAUAUAUUGUUGAUAUUGUGCUCAUGAAUUUAUAAUUAUUUUUAACUCUUAGUGUUAAUGAAUUGUCAUUUGAGCCAUCAGAACGGAAGCAUUGCUUCGCAUUUAUUUUUUCAAUUGUGGGGUGUUUUCAUAAUUUUUCAAGCUGUUAACUGUACAGAUAAAAUCAACAGAGGCCAAAAUGGCCACAGACGUGAUACCAAAUCGAGUGAUGCACGAGGAAUUUAGAAAAUCACCUUUUUUCAAAAAUCCCAUUCAAGAGGAAGAGGACGAUGAUGAAAUAUGUGAACAAGUAAUAAGAACAGAAUUAAAGAACAACAAUUCGUUAAAUGAAUCAAAUUCAUUAAGAAUGGACCCAGAAAAUGAUGUUACGGAUUCGGAAAGUGAAUCUGAAGAAACAAAUGAUGAAAUUCAAAAAAAUUGCGACGUCUCACAAUCACUUAAUGAUGUGGCUCGUGCUUUAAGAUUAGUUUCCCAAGAAUCUGACGACGACGACGACGAUAUUGUUCUAAAAAAUGUCAAAGAAUAUCGACGAAAUUUUGAUGGUUUUGUCAAAAUUGUACCAUUUGAUUCUCUAUACUCAAUGCAUGAAUAUAUUCGUGUAAAUUUGAAAAAUCGACAAUAUGAAAAAUCCGACAUUACAAAACAAAAAAUCUAUCUCAAUAUAUUACUACGAGUAAAACCUGAUGAUCGUUUCAAUAAAUUAUUAGAGUCUUGUGAUUCAAUAAUUAUUCGUCAUAUUAUUUUGGCAAAUAGAAUAAUUUUACAAGAUUUAUUCAAAAUUGCAAGUCUAGAGAAACUACCAUGUCCAAUUGCUUUUGACAGUGAAGAAGAUUUUCAAGAAUUUGAAAGUCGAGAUGAUAAUGAAGACGAUGCUGAAUCCAACAUUAAACCAUGGUACAUGCUCGAGAUGAUUGGCGUAUGGUUAAACUUUAUAAACAAUCAACAAACUUUUCGUGAUGAACUUAGAAAUGAAUUGUUAGAGAAAUGCCUCGCUGGUAUUUCCGUUCCUUUGAAAUUUAAGUAAUUAUAUAUUCCUAUAAGUGUAUAAAAAAAAAUCUCGAUAAAUCAUAAUAAUGAAA